AUGCCGGCCCGCCAAUGGACGACACUGGCUCCCAUCAGACGAUACCUCUGCGAAACCUCCAUCCUCCCCUUCCCCCCCCCUUACACUCCAACCACAAAAGCCGUUGUCGACAACGAGCAUUCCAUCGUCCAUCCCCUCUUCGGUCCUUCUUCUCUCUUUCUAUUGUACUAUUUAAUAUCCACAACCCUCAAAAUGUCCGCCUCUCUCAGAUCCGUUGCGCCGUUCCUCCGGACGGCGCGCGCCUCGCUGCGCCAGGGCAAUGUCAGCCCCCUUCAGGCUGCCCUGAAGAGGAAGAACGUCUCUCCCGUCCUCAACAUCUAUCGCACAUACGCUGUUUUCGAGCGGACAAAGCCCCACGUCAACAUUGGUACCAUUGGCCACGUCGAUCACGGAAAGACCACUCUGUCCGCCGCCAUCACCAAAAGACAGGCCGAGAAGGGCCUCGCCAACUUCCUCGAGUAUGGUGCCAUUGACAAGGCUCCUGAGGAACGCAAGCGUGGUAUCACCAUCUCCACCGCCCACAUUGAGUACUCGACCGACAACCGCCACUACUCCCACGUCGACUGCCCUGGUCACGCCGAUUACAUCAAGAACAUGAUUACCGGUGCCGCCAACAUGGACGGCGCCAUCAUCGUCGUCGCUGCUUCCGACGGUCAGAUGCCCCAGACCCGUGAGCACUUGCUGCUCGCUCGCCAGGUCGGUGUCCAGAAGAUUGUCGUCUUCGUCAACAAGGUCGACGCCAUCGACGACCCCGAGAUGCUGGAGCUCGUCGAGAUGGAGAUGCGCGAGCUUCUGAGCACCUAUGGCUUCGAGGGUGACGAGACCCCCGUCAUCAUGGGUUCCGCCCUUAUGGCCCUCAACAACCAGAGGAACGACAUCGGCAACGAAAAGAUCGACGAUCUCCUUAAGGCCGUCGACGAGUGGAUCCCCACUCCUAGCCGUGACCUCGAGAAGCCCUUCCUCAUGUCCGUCGAGGACGUCUUCUCCAUCUCCGGCCGCGGUACUGUCGUCAGUGGCCGUGUCGAGCGUGGUCUCCUGAAGAGGGAUACCGAGGUCGAGAUUGUCGGCAAGGGCGACGUCAUCAUCAAGUCCAAGGUUACCGACAUUGAGACCUUCAAGAAGUCUUGCGAGGAGUCCCGCGCCGGUGACAACUCCGGCCUCCUCCUCCGUGGCGUCAAGCGCGAGGACAUCCGCCGUGGUAUGGUCGUCUGCAAGCCCGGUACCGUCAAGGCUCACUCCCGUUUCCUCACCUCUCUGUACGUGCUCUCCAAGGAUGAGGGCGGCCGUCACACCGGCUUCCACGAGAACUACAAGCCCCAGAUGUACCUCCGCACCGCCGACGAGUCCGUCACCCUCAACUUCCCUGAAGGCACCGAAGAUGCUAGCACCAAGAUGGUCAUGCCCGGUGACAACGUCGAGAUGGUUGCUACCCUGCACAACCCUAGUGCCAUCGAAGUCGGUCAGCGUUUCAACGUCCGUGAGGGUGGCCGCACCGUCGCCACUGGUCUCAUUACUCGCAUCCUGGAAUAAAGGGAUUCGCAUUGAGAAACCCCCCCUCGAUACCCUGAGUCGGCACUCAGCGCAUGCCAGAGAUGAACCAGGAACCGCACGCCGGGAUCUGGAUGACGAGCGGGAAUUGGGAUUUGUACAAAAAGAGGAAGAAAAGGAGUUGGAUUGCUUCACGAUUUCAUGUACCACCGACCCAGAGUUUUUCCGUUUGAGCCCUCGCGCUCGUGUAUAUUGUCGGGUCUUGGGCUCUAGGAUCUCCGCUCUACUUCACCCCUCGUCUUGCUUGAAUCAUGUACUUUUACAAGAGACGAUGGACAAUAGAACAACCUGUGCUU